UCUUCUGCAGGCAUUGCCGUCGUCUCCCUCUUUCUCUCUCUCUAUAUCUCUGAGCCGCAGGGGGGACUCGGACUACAUAUUACCUGCUCCGAAUGCGCAGUUCGUAGCUCGGGGGCUGAGAGGGAGUGGAGUGGACAGGCCAAGAUCAGAGCUUGGAGGGAAGAGGAGGCAAUGAAGAAGAAGAAGAGAGAGGUGAGCGGUUCCGUCCACCACCUCCUCCUCCGCGCCAAGCUCUUCCACCGCUGCCGCCUCCACGGCCCCAUCACCGGCCUCCUCCCGCUCAUCUCUGCCGUCUCCGGCUGCCUACUCCUCCUCUUCGCUCUCCUCUCUCUCCUCUCCCCCUCUCCAUCCAGUGGACACGGCCGCCGCCACGUCAGCCUCCUCCGCCACCACAGCUCGCUUUCUUCCGGUCGGCUCAGGGAUGAACUGGAGGCAGAGUCGAUUUCGUCGCCGCGGGCAGUGUUCCAUAUUCCGUCGAGUGGAGGAAGCUUGAGCCGUGAUCUGUGGAGUUCAAGAUUGUCGAGUUUCUUCCAUGGCUGCAGCAAUGCCAGCUCACGGUUUCUGACUGCUGACCAGAAAACGCAACCGAAUCGCUACUUGUUGAUCGCUACGAGUGGAGGACUGAAUCAACAGAGAACAGGGAUAACAGAUGCUGUUGCUGCUGCUUAUAUUUUGAAUGCGACUCUUGUUGUACCCAAGCUUGAUCGGAAAUCCUUUUGGAAAGAUGCGAGCAACUUCAAUGAUAUCUUUGAUGUCGACUGGUUCAUCUCGUUUCUUUCGAAAGAUGUGGAAAUCAUAAAGCAGCUCCCAGAGAAAGGAGGAAAAGCUUGGACUCCACAUACCAUGCGUGUUCCUAGGAAAUGCACCCCCAAAUGCUACCAGACUCGUGUUCUGCCUGUACUUAACAAAAAGCAUGCUGUUCAGCUCGGCAAGUUUGAUUACAGGCUUUCAAAUAGGCUGGAAAAGGACCUCCAAAAGCUGAGAUGUAGAGUUAAUUACCAUGCUUUGAAAUUCACUGAUUCAAUCCGUGACAUGGGGAAAACAUUGGUAGAGAGGAUGAGGUCGAAAAGCAAUCACUUCAUAGCCCUACACUUGAGGUUUGAACCAGAUAUGCUUGCAUUCUCUGGAUGCUACUACGGUGGAGGAGAGAGAGAAAGGGAAGAACUCGGUGCUAUUAGGAAAAGGUGGAAAACUUUACAUAAGAGCAACCCGGAAAAGGAGCGAAGGCAUGGAAGGUGCCCACUGACUCCUGAAGAAGUUGGUCUUAUGCUGAGGGCAUUGGGAUUUGGCAGCGAUGUUCACCUGUAUGUAGCAUCCGGUGAGGUAUAUGGCGGUGAAGAGACGUUAGCCCCACUAAAGGCGCUGUUUCCAAAUUUCCAUACAAAGGAGACAAUAGCUACUAAGGCCGAGUUGGUGCCAUUUUCAUUGUACUCAUCUCGGAUGGCUGCACUGGACUUCAUAGUCUGCGAUGAAAGCAGUGUUUUUGUCACAAACAACAAUGGAAACAUGGCCAGGAUAUUAGCUGGAAGAAGGAGAUACUUCGGACACAAACCAACCAUCCGCCCCAAUGCUAAGAAGCUGUACAAGCUAUUCAUGAACCGCACGAGUAUGACAUGGGAAGAGUUCACAUCUAGAGUUCGCACUCACCAGAUUGGCUUCAUGGGUGACCCGAAUGAGGUAAGGCCUGGGAGGGGCGAAUUCCAUGAAAAUCCAUCGGCUUGCAUAUGCGAGAGUCCUGAAGCAAAAGACAUGGUCCCUCACAGGGAAAUCCCUGGGGUUGAGCAGGAGGACAAUAACUCCCAGAAUAGCACUGCUGAGCUAACAACAGAAGAUGACCAAGGGUUAUCUGAUACAGAGGACAUAGAAAACGGAAACAACGAUGCUGCAGUGAGACGACAGUCCAACAGUUUGCAGUCGGAGACCCUCAAAUCCGAACAACCGGAGCUGGAGGAGAUCUUCUCUGAUUAAUAACAAGGGAACUCUUUGCGCUUGAAAGUACCCAACAAUUUUGUUCAACGCCAAUUCUUUGGGCCAUCCUUUGGUGGCCGCCGUGAUCCCUCCCCCCCCCCCCCCCCCCCCCCACAACAAUUUUGUACAUAAGUUCCUAGGACUAGUACAGGAUUUUUCUCGAUCUGGGAACAGUUCUCCCCACAGGCAAUUCGGUCCAUUCUUGUACAUUUAGAUCCAUUUAGAACUGGUUUCACACUUCUACAGGUCUUUUCUUUGUUGCAGCUCUUUGCCGUAAGACAGAGAGACUACUGAGAUUUGCAACACGGGGAUGGUUCUUUGAUUGCUCCUUAGCUUCAUAAUGAUCAUUCUCUAUGCUGCGGUUCAUCA